UCAAGAAUCACGAGAAAUGCUUCCAUCCCUCUUGACAAGCUGACCUCGUCGUUGGCAGCUAUUACACACCAGUCCGAUCAGCUGGACAGGUCUGAUUGAGGGGUCACUGCCAAGACCUACCCAUCGCUCGUUUGGGCGCUUUGUUGACGCCUCAUAUUCCCCGUCUGCGCCGCCAGCUCCCGUCCGUGUCUCUUUCAUCUCACCUAAUAACGCUCUGUCCGUUGAGCGUAUACCCUGAUGUAAUCCACCAUGCAAGCCCGAACCCCCCGUCCGAAACCCCCGAAUUGGUCUCCUCCGCCUCCCCUCGUCGUGUUUGUCCGCAACCUCCGGCUGCUCCAACUGGACACGCACCGUGACUGGCCCAACAUCACCCUCCGCACGCUAGCCGAUACGUCACAGAACCAGCGCCAACGCCUCAAGGCCGUCGAAUGGGCUCUUUACCACCUGGUCAAUCUAUGGGACCCGGACACCGCGCGCGAUAAACUCCGCCCCUUCUACCCUCCACUUGAACCACUGCAGUCGGUCAAUCUGCGCGCCGCCCUAUUUCGUGUCCUGUCCGAAUUGAAGAAGCAAGGCGACCUGGGCAGGGAAAUCAUCCUUCGGAAGUCCAUGCUGGAUGAUUGCAAAGGAGAGAAACUUGACGAGCUCCUUGCGGUAUUCUCUACCGCCGUCCUUCGCAAAACGCUAGCUGCCUCAUCAGACCCCAGCCUUCAAAAUGUUGCUGUCAACCUGUCAAUGGCCGACGGCCUCACCCUUGAGGACUAUCAGCUGAUGGUUCCCUUGAUCGUCGCACACCGGGCUUCCCUGAAUCAGAUUGGAAUCGAUUAUGAACGAGCGAGGGAAACACAGGCAGAGUUUUCCCAGCUUCUAGAACUCAAGCGACGUCAGCUGGACGAGCGGGCCGAGAUCAGCCCGCUACCGAUCUCUGAUGAGAAGGUUGACAUUGACAUGUUAGCUGACGAACUCAGAGCUAAUUGGCGUGGUUGCGAGGAAUGGGUCGAUACACUGCUCCAUGCGGGUGCGCAGGGGACUAGUGACGCUUUUCUGGAUCUCCCUUUUGACUCUGCAUGGGCCAGGGCGAAGGACUCGAGCGUGGAAGAUCUUACGGCGAAUAUCACGCCCGAUCUGUUGGUCGACCUGGAGUCGCGGGUCUUUCGCCAGCGCGCCCGUGUGCAGCGCUGGCGUCAAUACAGCGCAUCCAUGCGCAAGCAUAAUCGCAUAGAAUCAACGAGCUCCCAGAAGCCUCAGUCGCCGUUGGUCUUUCGUGAUCACCAGGCACUGACUGUCGCGAGCAUCUCCCGAGCCAUCCGACAGCCAGUAGAACGAGCCUCGCCCAAGGCAGACGACCGAUCCCUGCUUUUUUCCAUGACGGAGGCGAUCGCGCGCAUCAACGGCCGGUCUGCCACCCAUCGCCGCCAGGUCAGCGGGUCAAGACAACCGCGCGACAUACCUGUCAUUGUGCCCCCUGCACCAGCCGAAAAGAGCGGCACACCGUCAGUUGUCUACCAAGAAGAUGCUGCUCGACCCGCUUCUCCCAAAAAAGAGAAUGUGCCACCGACGCAGCCCGAAGAUGAUCAUAGUCAUACUUCCGACAUAGAGCCCGAGCUAGACACGAUCAGGAGUAAUAGAUUUACCCUCGUUGAACGCACGCGCAAGUCCAUGUCUCUGGUUCCGCCGCCUCCACAGACCAACCCACGCGAGAGGGUCCGAUCACAUCGACCUCGGCCCUCGUUCCCCAUCAACCAAUUCGAGACGCCACGCAAACAACCUUCGCCCAGCCGGGCAUCCACCCCGCGCGAUGAGCUUUUCAACGAGGAAGCCGACUACGCCAGUGUGUUCAAAUCCCGGCCGCGUGUUGCGCAUAGUCCUAUCGCGUCACCGGCGGUGCAUAUCAGUCCGAUCGGGGACUUCGACUUGGACGAGACACUGCAUGCAGAUCUGGACGCGGACGAAAUUGACCGCGGAUAUCUCGAGCAGACGCCGUUGGUCUCAAGACGAAGAUUACGAUGA